AUGUCUACCGCGCAGCCCUUGCUGCCGAAGACCAGCAUCUUCGAGUCUUUGGCACGGAAUCCCAAGGUAUCGCGCUUCAUCUCGACUGCCGCAGAAGCCAAGGACGACCCCAAGUUGCAAGAGACCCUGGAGAAAUUGAAGCCUUGGGUGUUGGGAGCUCUUGGAUUUACUCGAGCAGUUGUGCAGGGCUACUUCAGCCUCUACUCGUUUUUCUAUGACAUUUUCGUGAAGCUUCCGGCAGACGAGUUGAAAGCUGUAAUUGGACUUGUCCUCUGCUUCUUUGGUGGAGUGUAUGUCACCCUCAUUGCGGCCGUAGAGGCUUUCCGAACAAUGGGCGGGCAAAGUUUGUACGAUGACCUGGCCUACGUGAAGCUGGAGCUGGACAAUGUUGCUUGGUUGCACUUCGAGGGUGCCGGGAUCGGUCAAGCCACGCGGAAUGUGGUGCUCUCAUGA